UGUUGGGGAGCGCAAUUGCUUGUUGAUGCUUGGCCCCCGUGCCUGGGACCCGGUUCACCAUGUCGUACAGAUCCUCGGACGCCUACUCACGGCGCCCUUUGGAAGAUGACCGCCGUCCUACCGAUUCUCACGAUCGGCGCCGUGAGCCUUUUCCAAGGAGAAGUUCCGAUUUCAGCAAAGAGGACAGGUACAACUCACCGAAGGAUCGGCGUCACUCAUCCGAUCUUUCUCGAGAUCCCCUGCCUCCAAAACGGACAAAGUCCGAUUCUGCCGUGCCUAGUUCUGUGCACGAACAAGGCUCCAAAGCAGAGCGCUAGCCGUGAUAGUUCAAUAUCACGGGAGAAAAUUCUUGCGCUAUGGAAAACCCACGACAAGGCGCUCAUCGAAGUAGCCCGGCUCAGGUCUGAGCGUGACCCUCUGGACAAAGUAUUAAGAGCAAGACAAGCGGAUUAUGAAAAGUCCAUGGUCAAACACGGAGACUUCCCUUCUGUAGCCGAGUUGCAAAACAUGCAUAGGCGCAAAUAUGGUGAACAGGUACGAGCCUUGGAUAGGCGGAUACAGCAAGCACUAGACGAGGCAGAGAAAACGGCCGAGGCUUUUGCAUCUGCCAUCUUCGAUCUUUCAUGGGCUCAGAACGGACAACACGGAAACAGACCGGCGGCUGCGCCAGAGUUCCCAAAGGAGCGCGAGACGCUGAAAAAUCAGCAGAACGAGAUAAAUGAAUUGAAGAUGCAGCUACGCCAAUUGCAGGCCGAGCGCUCUAAAGAGCAAGAAGAACUCAAGGGGGAGAUGGCAAGGCGUUUGAGAGAGGAAAUGGAGAAGAUGAGAAACGAAUUCAAAAUGGAAAUGAAGGCCCGAGAGCAAUCCAACCAAACCAUUCAGGCCCAACUCUCAAAGCAGGACAGGGAAAUCAAAACCAUCGUCGAGCAACAAGUAUCUGGACAAAACAACAGCACCGGCAAUAUCUCGACCUCGGAAGUAUCCACCCUAAUACAACAGGGAAGCUCAGGACUGCGGUCCGACCUCGUUGACUUGACGAGGCGGGUGGACGAGAUCACUGCAAGGCUGGCUCAGAACGGCCAAGACACGGCGAGCCUAUGCGCGAGCAUAGCGAUACAGGUUCAGCGGUUAGACGACCAGACCGAGAAAUUGCAAUGUAUCAGAAAGAUCGUCGAGAACAUAGACCUUGAGACCCUCGACACCUUGGCGGAUGUUUCGCUACAUGACUUUCCAACCUGGCGUAUCAAAAUGAUGACAGUCGACAACCUCAAAUCAAACCUGGAAAAUCUAAACGGCCAUGAAUUUCCGCGACUGCGGAAAGAUGUCGAGGGCCUUCGCUUAAGCGUGGACGACCUGAAGGCGAAGAAUAAUUCCCUUUCUGAUAUGGUUCAAGAUUUUUCCAACAGGGUCGUGACGACCGUUGGAGGCCUGGUGAACAACUUAGAACAGAAUACUAGGAAUCAUGAGGCGCGCAUCAGUCAAUUGGAAGGAGCAUCUACGGAUGGAGGCCGUCCGAGUACUACCGAGAUGGACUCGGCGAAUUCUGCGAACCCGGCCGAUGCAGUAAACCUCCAGGUGAAUGCUAUCAGAACCGACUUCGACUCAACCAAGGCCGCAGUGGCCGAGCUCAGCCAGCAGGUCAAUCAAAUCAGUCAGACCAUGGAGGCCAACAGCAAAGAUUUCAAUGAACAACUCGGAACAUUGUCGCAUCUGGUCUCUGUAUUGAAUAUGCGCUGGAAUAACUUGUCGACCAAGUCUCUAGCUGAGCACAUCAUAGCCCAGCUAGAGCUGAUCUACCCGAACGCGCGCGAGAUUGUGGCCGACAUUGCCCGCCUGAAAGCCCUAGUCGAGCGUCUAAACGGUUGGAUCAAGACCCUUGAAGAGCAGGUGCAGAGUUUCAAAGGGAAGGUCAACGGCAAUGAGGAUACUGCCGAGACACCGCUCCCCGCACUCCAGGAGCACCUGGAACUGGUGCCGGACUUCCGGAGCAAUGGAGUAUCUCACAAGCGGAGGAGGCCAGAUUCGAGCCCGAACGGCGCCGCGCAGACGAUUGUUGCCAGGACGGAUUAGCGCUUGUUUGGGGUGAAGAGUGGUUGGCUUUGCGAUACAAGGGAUUGCCCUCUUGUCAGGUCCAUUUCGCCUCCGCAAGCCCGUUCAUAUCAGACGGGCGAGCUACUUAAGGAGGGAUGCACACACUCCUAACGGUGUCUGUUAGGUGUGUAUGACUACAUUCAUUCAAUGUUGGCCGAAGGAGAGCGUUGGUACCCCAAGAGCGUUCUGGGUUUGUUAGGUUAGUUUGUUGGUGCAUACAUACUUCUCGUGGGCGAUCACACGAGGAGUUUGACACUGCGGAUGCUUCCAAGUGGUGGUAACAUAGGUUCCUAUAGAGGGUACUGUAUGUAUGUACACGUUAUACGUAGGA